AUGCGCCGUCCUCCCCGUCCUCGCAUCUCUGGCUUGUCUCCGCAAUUGGCAUCAGCAACAGCAGCUAGAAUACAAAGAGCAACCAUCUCGGACACUUCAGCCAUCACCUCCAGACGCACCCGCACCCGCACCCGCGGCCACAGCUCCAGGCUCCUCACCCAGAAGCACCGCCUUUCAUCGCCAUCAUCAUCCCGCUUCUACUCCGAUCUGGCCUCGCUCAUCGAAUCCGCUGCCAAAGAAAGCAGCAGCAGCAGCAUCGGCAUCAGCAAAGCCCCCAAAGCCACAGCCAUGUCUGCGCAGAGCUUGCCCAUCCCCUGGGACCGCCUCAAGCGAUGGAUCGCCGACCAGGAAAGCGCACAACAGCAAGGCCUCGAACCCUCCAUGACCAAGCCGCAGCUCGCGGCUCUGUCCCAGAUCGUCAGUUUCGUCGAGGGUCCUGAGCCGAACGUCAGUGACCGGGAUUACGUGAGCCUCCUCAUGCACCAAGGGCUGGAGGUCCCCGUGGAGGGAAACUUCGUGAUGCGCUGGAGGACGACUUGUCAUCUCGAAAUCGCCGGCCAGAUAAGGUCUUUUCCCUGUGAAGGGUAUGGCCUGGCCGAAGGCGAGCAGCCGCCGUUAUUUGGGGCCAAGAAGGCAUCAAAGCAAUAUGCUGCCAAAUACGCAUUGGAAUAUCUCCAGUCUCGAUCCUCGGUCACAGUCCCCCUCCCCUCCACCUCCAAGUCAACCUUCGGCGGAGUUACCAUUCAUUCAGCCGCCCCUCGUGCGGCAAAAAACCAGAGCACGAGCGGCAGCAGUGUUGAUUACGACCCCCCUGCGUCAACCGUGCCUUCAGGAAACGGCGGCGGCGCGCCUCUGAUACCACCGCUCUCAUCACGCGUAGACGUGGUCGCCGAGACGGAGGAACCUGUGUCUGGUGCCCACCAUGAAUCGGUGAGUCGCGACAAGACGGACUUUUAUGGUGGGAAGCUGCCUAGCCUCCUGGAGCAAGUCGCCAGCGAGGCUAAGCGCCUCAACUUUGGGUGUCCAGAGUAUAGGACUUAUGAGGACCCGAAGAACAAGGCAUUAUUUGCUGGUCAUCCCGUCUUCGCGAAUGGCGGUCGUAUGCCGCCGGAGAUAGGGCAUGUCGCGGGGGCAAUCUCAAGGAAUGUUGCCAAGGAGCAAAUCGCUACGGCGUUGCUCGACUAUUUCAAAACCGAGUCGGACCGGAGGGAGGCGAUGCAGAGGGAUUUGGUCAUGGGCACCUUUCGAGGGCCUCCUGCAAAGGACGUUUGA